GCCUGUCUGGACUUCUGCUAGGAGUUGCUCUCCCUACCUAGUCAUAAUAGCCGAAAGUCGUCGGCUCCAAGUGAAUUUAUAGGUAUAAGUUGAAGGGGUGGAACUCGAGUUUCUUACUCUUUUCAUCAAUAUUCGAGAUAACAUCACUUAUGGCAGCCGAAGUGGCCACUGCACCCGCUGUCUCCGAGGCGGAAAAGGCAUCACCACCUGCGCUCCCAGACUACAUGACAGAUCCCAAUGCUGUCCUCAAGGACCUCAACACUGAAUGGCGUUACGGAAGACCACCGGACUACUCCAACACUCGCCGAUUCUUUGCUCAAACAAAGAAAUGCAGCCACGAGCCUGGCAGGCUUCCUGACCUCGUCCAGAAUUUGGUCAAGAACUGGGAGAUCGAAGCAUCCUUCAAGACGCGUCUUUCUGACUGGCGCACCGUGGACCCUGGCACGUACUCCUUCUCCGUCAAUGGUAGUCCGCCUCAGUCGGGUGAGCACAUGCUGAAGGUCGGAACAUACAAUGCGAUUAUUGUCGCCCCAAACGAAUGGUAUAGCCCUCGAUACUUAGACUUGGCUUCAAGCCACAAGACAUUCAAGCGUAUGAUGCCCACCUUUGCCUGGGAAAUGCUAGAGGUGUACAGCGGUCCGCCUGUUGUGGCCUUCAAAUGGCGACACUGGGGUGAGAUGAAGGACGAUUAUGUUGGAUGGAACGACAAAGGAGAGAAGGUCAUGGUUAAGGCGCAUGGGGGCCCAAUCGACAUUCAGGGGGUGACGGUAGCGCAUCUGUCUGACAAGAUGCAAGUCAAGAAACUGGAAACAUGGUUUGAUCCUGUCGAGCUGUUCAGACAGAUUUCCCCAGCAGGGGUGGUGAGGAAAGAUCUCACAGAAGCAGCAGCCGCCAUGGGUUGUCCAGUGACGGGUUACCAAGUUGCCGAGAAAGAUAAGGCAUCUGUUGAUGAAAACGUUACCACAUUGGAGAAGGAAGCAGUUGUUCUGAAGGCACAAGGUCAGGAUAAAGUGCCAACUCCGGGCGAAAACUUGGCUCUCGAGACUGCAAGCCUGGCUGGUAGAGCUGUUAUGGACAGUGGUGUCGGUCUUCCUGGUGAUGUGAAACCAACGGAAGCGAACCCAGAGAAUGGAGAGAUCCCAAGGCCGAAUGCUGAGUAA